GGGCGCGGUCAGCGCUCCGCGUUUUGGGUCCUGGCAGCGCCAUGCGCUACAACGAGAAGGAGCUGCAGGCGCUGUCUCGGCAGCCGGCCGAGUUGGCGGCCGAGCUGGGCAUGCGGGGCCCCAAGAAGGGGAGCGUGCUGAAGCGGCGGCUGGUAAAGUUGGUGGUCAACUUCCUCUUCUACUUCCGGACGGACGAGGCCGAGCCCGUCGGAGCCUUGCUGCUGGAGCGCUGCAGAGUCACCCAGGAGGAGCCCAGCGGCUUCUCCAUCAGCUUCAUGGAGGACCCGGAGAGGAAGUACCACUUCGAGUGCUGCAGUGAGGAGCAGUGUCAGGAGUGGAUGGGGGCUCUGCGGCGAGCCAGCUACGAGUUCAUGCGGAGGAGCCUCAUAUUCUACAGGAAUGAGAUCCAGAAGAUGACUGGCAAGGACCCCCUGGAGCAGUUCGGCAUAUCUGAGGAGGCCAGGUUCCAGCUGGGUGGCUUGAAGGCCUGAGUCUGGAACAACCCCCCGCCCCAUCCUCUCCAGGCCCUGGGUUUCCUGGUCAAGCCUGGAUUUGCUGCAGAUGUUUGGCUUAAAGACUUCAAAAACCCAAGAUCGGUGGGGGUGGGCAGGGGCAGGUUGGAGAAACAACCCACUGACCCCCCCCCCCCCCCGGCCCCCAGACUGGUCUGCACCUAUUGGUGCCCCAUGCUGCUACCGGGGGACAAACGUCCACUCCUAGAAGUUGCGUCCAGCCCCUCGGGCACAUCCGUCUGGGGUCUGGAGGCUCCUGAGGCUGGUGUAGCUCUCCUGGCCUGUGCAGGCUGAAUGUACAAAGCUAAACGAUGCUGUGAAGACGGGCGUGGUGGCCACGCCUGCUGGAGCCACUGUGAAUUCUACUCCUGCUGAUGGGGCAGGCCCUGGCCGGACGCCUCUGGGUGGAGCUGGAAGUCUUCACUCUCAGGCCAGCGUGCUUGUUGUAUUCAAAUAAAGGGACCUCUUUUCCACGUGG